AUGCCACCGCCGCCAUGGACCUUUUUCCGGCGCCUCCCCAAACAGUCCGCUCCAGCCCUCCUCAACCCCAAAGCGUGGGCGCGUAAUGUGCUCUACGUUGGGGAAACUGUCCUCGUCCUGCAUAUCUUCUUCUCCUACAUUGGCGGCGUCGGCCCGACAGACGGCAUCUCCAUGAUGCCUACCAUACCCCACUCCUAUCGUGGCUCUCCUUGGAUUCUCUACUCGAGCCUGUACCGCCGUGGUCGCAAUAUAAAAGUUGGCGAUGUGAUAACAUACACGAACCCCAUGUUCCCCACACAAAGCGGAUGCAAGCGCGUCAUUGGCAUGCCCGGCGACUUCGUGUCCGUGGUUACGGCUGGGCGAAAUGCGGCCGAUGCAGAGGCUUUAGAUGUAGAUAGCAAGUGGGCUAGCGUGAAGGAAGAGGUCAUUCGGGUGCCAGAGGGACAUUGCUGGGUUGCAGGUGAUAAUUUGGAAUGGAGUAGGGAUAGCAGACUAUUUGGGCCGCUGCCAUUAGGGCUGGUCAAGGCGAAGGUGUUGGCGGUCGUUUUGCCGUUUGGGGAGCGCAAGUGGUUGGGAAGUCAAGUAGAUCUCAAAGAUCCUUAA